AUGACGUAUAGUUAUGAUAAACCCGAACUGGCUAAAUGGACAACCGCAUUCACCCGAGCGUUUAGAAUAAUAUCGUGGAAUAAACGGUUUUUAAUUACUCUCGGCAUAUGGCCUAUGAAAGUGAACCGGGUGGCGUUCGUAUUCUUCUUUGUCUACAUGGUGAUCCAUUGCACCAUGGGAGGGGCUCACUUGGUCAAAUAUUUCAGCAAGCCGGAAUAUAUCAUCGCCAAUCUAGCGGAGAACAUUCUAUUCACGAUGAUAAUAGGCAAGAUGUUCAUAUGCGAGCGAAGCCGCGGGAUAAUGGUCUAUUUUUUGAAUACCAUUCAGCCCGAUUUCUCGGCCAAAAGUUACAGCAGCGCGCGGGAGAAGACGUUGUAUUUGCAUUACAACAAGUUCGCACUUAUAUUCAUCAAGGUGUCGCUAGGCAUGGCCACGUUAGCGGGUACGUUAUACUACAUAAGGAGAUUUCUCGAAAGCUGGACGGUAUCGACCCAUAAUGCUUCGUACGAAUUACCGUACCGGACGUAUCCUUUUUUCGAGAUCCAGGAUGUUACCACCUACUUCUGCCUUUGCGCCUAUCAAAUAAUUGCUGUGCCGAUGAUAGUGUGCGGCUAUUCAGCACCGGAUUCCUUCGUACUCAGCAUGGCCCUCCACAUUUGCGGUCAAUUCGCCGUUCUGUCAUAUAAAAUCGAAGAAUUGUUGAAAGAUCACGAGAAUUACAAUCGUCAUAUCGGUGCCAUUGUAUUGAGGCAUCGUCAGCUAAUUACAUUAGCAGAAAUCUUGGAAAACAAUUUCAAUAUGAUAUUUCUUCAGCAAACUCUGGGCACCAUUUUCUUGCUCUGUUUGACUACGUAUCACAUGCUCGCGAAUUCGGAAUAUGGUGACAGCACUAACGUCGUAACUUUCUUGUUGUACAUAUGCUGCGUGGUCAGUACAAUUUUUGCGUACUGUUAUAUUGGAGAAUGUCUUAUUAACGAGAGUACCAGAUUGCGCGACACUUUUUACAACACCGAUUGGUACAAUACUUCACCGUCGUGCGGGAAGAUUCUCAGUAUUUGUAUGAUCCGAUCUGAAAAACCACUGGUGUUGACCGCUGGUAAAUUCUACAUGUUAUCACUGGACACACUCACAAGCAUAGUAAAAACUUCGAUAGCGUACUUAUCCAUAUUGCGCAACUUUAUGUGAGAAGCUUUCGAAAAAAGCCUUCAUAUAAGAAGAUUCGAAAUAUCUUUCGUCCGGUGAACUAUGGAGAAUACGCAAAAAUUUAUCUACGAGACGAGAUAUAUGCAUAAGCAAAACGAGACUUAUGAAGGGUGUCCCAAAAU